GCCCUUGAUGGAACGUUCUUGCUUUCUGCUCAACGUGCAACGCUCCUCAUCGCAACUUCAUUGGAUGGUAACAACAACAUCAUUGUUCUCGCCUUCGCACUGGUUGAAGGGACAAAGGUCUUGUUCCUGCUGUGAAGGAAGUCUUCCCCUCACUCCCGCACUACUUUUGUUCGUGGCACUUGGAGCAGAACUUGACAAGUCUGGGCGGCAGCAGCAACAGUAUGCUGGCAGUGUUCGACAGCAGCCACGCCGACAGCAGGGUCGCCUCCAGCGGCGGGGCCAGCAGCAGCGGCGGCAAGGGCAGCAGCAGCAACCGGGGCAGAGUGGGCAGCAGACUCGGCUGUCUGAGCAGCAGCAGCAGCAACAGCAGCAGCAGCAGCAGCAGCAGCAGGGCCAGCAGCAGCAGCAGGGGCGACAGCAGCAGGGCCAGCAGCAGCAGCAGGGCCAGCAGCAGCAGCAGGGGCGACAGCAGCAGGGCCAGCAGCAGCAGCCGGGGCAGAGUGGGCAGCAGGCAGGGCAGUCUGAGCAGCAGCAGCAGCAGGGCCAACAGCAGCAGGGACAGCAGCAGCAGCAAGGCCAGCAACAGCAGGGCCAGGGUUCACAUCAGUGGCACGGACAGCAGGAGCAGCAGAGUGGGCAGCAAGCAGGGCUAUUUUGGCAGCAGCAGCGCCAAGAUGGGCAGCAGCAACAACAGUUGCGACAGCAGCACCAGCAACAACAGGCUCCCGCCAGCAUACAUGCUUGCAACCCUGUGGGAUUGGAUGAUGAAAAGGCUUUACGAGGCAAGUGAGGACGCGGGUGAGAAUGACGGGUUCCUGACUCCCAAGGCUGCUGAAAGGUUUGAGAACAAGCGGCACCGGGCGGAGAAUUAUAUUGUUGAAUGCUCAUCCAUUGGUGGAGCUGGGGUUGUGACAAAUCGA